AUGGCGUAAAUAUGGCUGAUUGUUCUGUCUGGGUCGGUGGAUUUCCUGUGAAUGUGAACGAAAAUGUGCUGUACGACUUAUUUCAAAAAUUUGGCCCUUUAAAAAAUACAGUGAUACUUAGGGAUGUUUCUGGUAGGUCUAAACAGUGUGGUUUCGUCAAUUUCUUAUCGCAAGAGGUCGCCGAACUUGCAGCCAGAAAGAUGAAUGGAUUUGAGAUUUUGGGCGAGACGGUUAAAACGAAAGGGCCCAGGGAACUUUUAGCGACGAGAAGAUGUACAGAUACUGUUUCUGAAGAAGCUCUAAAUUUAGAUAAAAAGGACUUCAGAGGUCUGACCGACUGCGUAUUCUUCAUGGAAGGCCGUCGGUGUUCUCCGAAAUCAGGAGAGUGUCCCUUCCGUCAUUGUACUGCGGCCCGGAAAACUGACGUUUUGUGCGACAAGUGGACGCAAAAACAGUGUACAGAAGUGUUUUGCUCGAAACGACAUCCUAAACUCAUCAAAAAACAAUCAGAUCACUUAUUUAAAGUAGUACCAGCCCGCUGUCCAUCCCAUAAUGCAUUUAAAUGUACUGGUGAAUGUGGCUUUGAUGAAUGUAACACUCACUUCAUGGAACAAGAAGCUUUACAAGAACACAUCAAUAGAGGACGUGAAAAAAAGUUUUCGCUGAUGUCAUCUUGCUCCCAGUGCAAGGCCAUUUUCUUUAGUGAACAAGAAAGGCAACAACAUUCCUGCCUAAAUGCCACAACAGAGCCCUUAUCUGGUCACCAUGUACAUAGAUAUCCUUCCUCCAAUUUGAAUUUUCACCAGUCUUCAAGUUUUCAAUUUAAGAGGAACAGCCCAGUAAUGUUUACAAACGCUUCACCACAGAAUCUCAUCAAACCUGAACACUUGUGUAAGAAUCCUAGCACAUCAAUACCAAGUGGUCAUGCAGCUUGUGCAAAAAAAUUUUGCGAUUGUUCCAGAAGUCAUGCAACUGUUGGGUUAACCAACCAAGUUAAAGGACCAUUUUGUGUUUGUUCUUCUUGUGGGAUAAGCUAUGAAAACUCUGGUGAUUCCUUGAGUGAUUUUGAUUUGUCUGUUGAUUCGGCUGGUAUUGGUGGCCACAAAUGUCCUAAUUCACCAUCUGUUCGAGGACUCCUCAAUGAUGCAGACUCUUUGGCAUUCAAGAACUCUGUAACUGGUUCUCCUAGUCAAGCCCCUAUGGUUCCAGAAGCUGAGCCUAUUGGAGUUUUCUGGGAUAUUGAAAAUUGCCCAGUUCCUCGUGGCAAAUCAGCGUCUGCUGUUGUUCAGAAGAUAAGGAAGGAAUUUUUCACUGGAAAGCGUGAGGUUGAGUUCAUGUGUGUUUGUGAUAUCAGUAAGGAAAAGAAGGAAAUAAUUGAAGAACUUAACAAGGCUCAGGUUACUGUUGUUCACAUCAAUGCCACUUCAAAGAAUGCAGCUGAUGACAAGUUAAGACAAAGCUUGAGAAGAUUUCCACAAUCAUACCCUCCCCCUGCCACUGUUAUUUUGGUGUCUGGGGACAUCAAUUUUGCCGCAGAGCUGUCAGAUUUACGUCAUCGGCACAACCUCCAUGUGAUUUGUCUUCACAAUGCUCAAGCACAGGAUGCUUUGCUGGAAUGUGCUCAUGAGGCAAGAAGAUUUGAUCACUUCACUGCUGAUCUUCCUGUUGUAUUCCCUCCAAAGGCUCCUGAGGAGAAUGGCUUAUCCUCAGAGCUUCUUGUCCUCAAUCUUCCAAUGGGAAAAGAUGUUGCUCAAGUCAGGAACAGACUUAAAAAACUUUCUGAUAAUUGUGGAGGGAAAGUUGUAAGCAUCUCUGGGCACACCUCAGUUCUGAGAUUUCCAAAUCCUGCCAGUGCUGCAAGGGCCAGGCGAAGAAUGGACAAAGAAGAUGUGUUUGGUUCCAAAAUCCAAGUGGUAUAUUCCACAAGUAGUCAUCAUUCAUAUAGCCCCCAGAAAAAUAAGAAAACACAGCCAAUGGAGGCUACUGGUGAUUCUGUCAAGGGCAGAGAUACUAGUAUGUCUCCAAAGUCUAUACCCAGCACCUUACAGAAAGGAAAAGAAGAUUCCAGGUGUGCUUUGCUAGAUACUUUUGGCACUGAAGACACAAUCCCAUCCAGGAAUACUACAAAGAAAGAGAGCAAUCCCAGCCGAACGCCUACAGAUGAAAGUCUGGACUCAGGGGACAGCACAGAAGAAAAUGAUGCCAAACCAGGACCUUCCCUUUCAUCUUCUACAGCCCCUCAGUUUAUCAGCCAUCAGGCAAUGUUCAGUAAUGGUUCCUACACCGGUAUAUGGCCACACUCUAUUUACCCAAACUUCAUGAAUAUUCCAACACAAGGGACAAGUUUUCCAGGAAUCACUCCUCUUGCCUCAUCCAUGAUGGGGGCACCACAACUUGCAGCAUCGUGGCUGGCCAGCUUGCAUAACUUUACCGUGUUAGACCAGCAGCGGGGUGGAAUAGACUUACUCGUCACUAAUUUGGAUGAAAAUGUUAGCAAGAAAGAACUGAAAAAGAAGUUGGCAUCUGUGUUUCGAGAGCACUGUAAGGUAUUGUCUGUUAUUCUUCAUAGUGGAGAAGGCAUACCUUUGAGAGCUUUUGUUAAAGUUCCAAAACUGUCGGACGCACACCUGGCCAUCUGCAAAGUUCAUCAGAAGAAAAUUUUUAACACCUGCGUGGCUGUCAACAUAGCCACAGACAAAGAGAAAGAACUGUGCUUCUUGCGCUGUGAAGUAACUUCUAUACUGAAAGAGGCGCCUUUACACUUCCUACCUUUAAACAAAUUCCUGAGUGAUUACUAUGAGAAGUGUUCCCGAGCGUUUGAUAUGACUUCCAUAGGAGUUAUCCACGACCUGGUUGUUUUGACUGGCAAACCUGGUAAUCAAGCGAUAAGUCUGGUUACUCGGGCCAUUGGCGGCGUGAGAGUGUCUGUAGAACCUGACCAGUUUGCAAACGAUGUCCACACUCUUCUUAAAUCCAGUGAAGGAUCGUUGCCUUUGGUUAGCUUUGCUGCAUCCUAUUGGUUAAACUUUGAUAGGAAGAUAGAGUCUAACGAUGAGGGUUCUGCACUUAUGGAAGUUCUCAACUGCGUUCCAAAUGUCAAGGUCACAGAGUCUUUGAUGGUGUCAUGGGCUAAACAAGCUCUCAAACAUGGCGGGAAUGUAAGCAAGCUUCUUGAAUUCAGUAAAGAUCUGCAGGAGUUAUUACUGAUGCAGGUGGAAUUCAAACUCCCUCUCAGCUCGCUUAUCUCAGAGUAUCAAUCGUGGUUUGACAAGAAGACGCCAUUUGAUCCAGCUGUCUAUGGGUUCACUUCGGUUGUUACUCUCCUGGAAGCGUUGCCAGCUGUGGCGGAGAUUACGCAACAAGGCAAAGAAAGAUGGCUUGUCCUUUCACAGCGCUUGAAAAUCAAAGCCUUUGCAAAAAAUGUCAAAAUGCUCUUGGAAAGUCAACCGGAUGGCGUAAUUGCUUUGGGAAACUUUGUAUCAACUUACAUGAAAUUCUUCGGCCAGAAAUGCAAGAUUGCAACAUUUGGUUUCUCCAAGCUGACAGACUUGAUUGAAGCUGUGCCCAAUGUCGCUAAGAUCCAAGGAACUGGAGAUCAGCGAUUGAUUUGUUUAGUGGAAAAAGACAAGAGCUCGAAACCUGAGAAGCGGAGCGAUAAGCAAACUCUGGUCAAAGAACUCAAAGAAUUAUUGUCCAGCUGUGAAAAUCAGAGGCUUCCUGUUGCCACAGUUCUUGCUCGAUAUUAUCAACAUUUUGGCCGACUGCUCAAAAUUGGAGAUUAUGGUGCGCUGCGUCUUGAAGACUUUGUGGAGAGUUCACCAUCACUACAGAUCAUAGAGAUAUCUGGGGAAAAAUACCUGACCCUCCCUCCCAAAGUCACAGUACAGUCUUUGCGAAGAGAUUUGGUAGAGCUGCUGGGACAACAGGAUGGCAAAUUUCUGCCGAUUUCUCGCCUUGCUUCCACUUUCCGUAAACAUUACAGCCGGAAAUUUCCCCUGGGACAAGCCAAACUUGAGGAAUUUCUUCGAAGUUUGGAGGGAGUAGUAAAG